AUUAGAUUGUGAUCGUUGCUUUCACAUGGAACUUUUAUAAGGAUCCCGAUUCCAUUUUUGUUUUAAUGGUGGACCGCGGGAUGUACAGCUGGCGCACCCGGCUAGAGCGACAAAGAGACGACGCGACCGCGACCGUCUCGACGGCUCGCGGGAUUACUUAUGCGUCGUUCUCAAAUUGUCUCUAUAUUGGAAAAAUGUCUGAGCAGGGGGUUCAGAAGCAGCCACAGGUGGAAGUGGUGAUGAAGGUGGAAGGCCAACAACCUUCAACCUCCACUCCUCCUCCUCCUCCACCUCUGACUGCUACUGAGCAGGAAGACGAGUUACAAGAGCGGUUGCGGGGGCAACAGGACCGUCUUGCAGAAUUGGAACGUCAGGAGGCAGCUGAGCUAGAGGCUGCAACAACUCAGCAGUCCAAGAUUCUGGAUGCCAUUCAGAACUUGACUGCUCAGCUGUCAGCCGCCAAGCUGAUUGCCCCUCAGCUCCCUCUGAUCAAACCCAAACCUUCUCCUCCUUCUACCCCUCCUUCAUCUCCCCCUGGAUCUGUGCAUUCUUCCCGGACACCAUCCCAUUCCCAAAAAGCCUCAAGCAAAGCCACCUAUGCUGCUGUUACUGCUGGAGAUCACAGAGGUCCCAAGAUCCCUGCUCCCAACAAGUUCAGGGGCGAUGACCCCAAGACCGAUGUUGGGGACUGGGUUGUUGGGACCAAAGCCAACUUGAGGGGCUUUGUCUGUGCAGAACAGACCAAGGUGGCGGCUGUUCUUGGACUGCUGGAGGGACCUGCAUUAAAGUGGGCCACUUCCACCUCCAGCAGUCUGGAGCAGUCCAUGGAAGACUGGGCUUUUGGGCUUGGGGUGGACAAACUUUUGCAGGCCCUGGAGGACCGUUUUUCAGACAAGGAGCGGGCCCGCAAGGCUGCUGACAGGAUUGCUCGCCUGGGACAGCAGCGAUACAACGGCACCCUGCAAGCCUUGUUUGCAGAAUUUGAGCAGCUUACCUCCACCCCUGGGUUGGUCAUGUCCACGGAUGAUAUGUUGACCAACUUCUGCAGGGCAGCGCCUGAGAAGUUUGUUGUUGCCUUGUACAACGCUGGGCACAAGGACUGGAGGUCCUUUGGCUGCGCAGCCCUGGACAUGGAGGCAAAGCUUCAUGUCCAGGCCCCAUCCUCUGACUGGAGGAAAGGUGCCUUCCCUAGAGGUGGCAGGAAGGGAAAGGCAACCUUCACUCAUGCGGGAUCUGCAUCAGGUUCAGAUUCAGAUUCCCAGGCUGAUGCACUUUCAGCUGGGACUGAAUCUGCUGCUGAUACAGAUGUUGCAGCAGCCCUGACUCAGGCUGUUUUGGGAGUGCUGCAGCAGCAGAAGAAGUUUUCCCCCACCACAGCCUCAGCCAGUGCCAAGGGGAAGGAGAAGGGACGUCGGCCUUUCUCUUCCCAACGCCCUAAUCUGCCUAAAGACGUCCGGAUGCCAGUUGAACCUCUCAAUCCCUCCACACUCCCCUGGAGAAGAAGAAAGGAGAGAGGGGUCUGCCUGAGGUUUGUUGACAAGUAUGCUGAUCUGAUGCAGGAGCCCUUUGGGUUACCCAACCGGCCAACCAAGCAUCACAUCGAGCUGCUGCCUGGAGCGGUCCCUCCCAAGGGCCGCAUCUACAGCAUGUCCCCUGCUGAGCUUGAGGAGCUCAGAAAGCAGCUUGAGACCCUGACCAGCACCAGCAAGGGCUGGAUCAGACCCAACACUUCUGAAUUCGGUACACCUGUUCUCUUCGUGCCCAAAGGGAACGAUGAGUUCAGAAUGUGCAUUGACUACAGGGGUCUCAACAAGAUCACUAGGAAGAGUACAGAGCCACUCCCUCGGAUCGAUGACCUCCUGGACAUGGUGCAGGGCUGCACAGUGUUCAACAAAGUCGACCUCAAAUCUGGCUACCACCAGAUUGAGAUGGCUGAGGAGGAUGUCUACAAGACAACCUUCAAGACCAGGUAUGGGAUUUAUGAGUUCCUGGUCAUGCCAUUUGGACUUUGCAAUGCCCCAGGCACCUUCCAAACAGAGAUGCACCGCAUUUUCAGGCCUCACCGCAUUUUCAGGCCUUACCUGGACAAGUUUAUGGUUGUCUACCUGGAUGAUAUCCUGGUAUUCAGCAAAACUGUCAGGGAACAUGCGGAGCACUUAGCUCUUGUCCUUCAGUCGUUACGUGACAGCCACUACAAGAUCAACAGAGAGAAGUCCUCUUUUGGAGUUCCAUCUGUUAUCUACCUGGGUCAUGUAAUCUCUGGAGAUGGUCUGGCUCCCGAAGCAGCCAAGAUUGCUGCUAUCCAGGAGUAGCCUCAACCACAGACAGUGAGGGAUGUCAGGUCCUUCAUGGGUUUAGCCUCAUACUA